AUGCAGCGCUCCAACAGUUCUGGUCUCAUCUUCUUGGUGUACCUCAAUGCUGUUAUUCUCUUGCUCUUCUUGCCGUUGUGCUAUGCUCCCAUUGCGCCGACAGACAAGGAGGUCUUGGUAGCCUUAUACAAUCUGACGAUUGGGAGUCAAUGGCGGCAGAGCUUUGCUUGGACGCAAGGAUGGGAACUGAACAUGGAUCCAUGCGACGACUCCGACUAUUUCAAGGGGGUCACUUCACUGCUCCUGGCAGACCUGGGACUCAACGGAAGUUUGCCGUGGAACCUUGGAAACCUCACCAGUUUAAAGUCACUGUACAUGACCAGGAAUGCUCUACAAGGAGAGCUUCCCCCUUCUCUUUGUGCCUUGUCCGAGCUUCAGAACUUGUAUGUUCUUGAUGACUCGCGGGUUCGUUCGAUGAUGUUCAGUCUUAGGAACCUUGCUCUGAACAAGCUGAAUGGCGUGAUCCCAUCGUGCAUUGGUCAGAUGCAAAACCUCACUUCAGUGGACCUUCGCUCGAAUCGAUUGACUGGCGGCAUCCCAAGUUCGUUCGGGAGCCUUCCCCUCUUACAGAACGUCCGACAACUUUUUCUCUCCGACAAUCGUUUGAAUGGGUCGAUUCCCGGGGAGCUUGUAAAUGCUCCGAGGCUGGAGAUGCUCUUCCUCUCCUACAACAACCUCACCGGGACCAUCCCGGCGUCCUUUGCCCAGUUUCAGAUCAAGCAGAGUGCAGCGAUGCCGGGAUUGAAGAGCAUGGAUUUACAUGGCAACAACUUAGAAGGAACUUUCCCGGAAGUAGUAGCAGAAUUAAGUGCUGUUUGA